AACUGGGUUUCGGAUAGAAAGUACAAACAUGAAUAAAAUAUACGAUCUACCUCAUAUGGUUCACUGAGACUCCGAAAGCCUGAAUCUACUUGAUACUAUGUUGGCUACAAAGUUACUGAACUGCAGCGCCGAGCGUAUAGUAUAGCACCACCUUUGUCGAUCUUGAGUGCCCAUUUUCCCUUAACGUUCAGAGUUCCUUGGUCUUGUUCAACCACGUGCAGCUAGAGAAUUCCAGGACGCCUACGAAGUCGCAUCGAUGACAUCGAUGAUGAAGCUCCUCAUUGCAGAUCCAAUUGUAAGGCCACCAUGUACGAAUUAUAUGCCGCAGGCAUCUAUUGAUGAAGACCUAUAGCCGUUGAGUGUUCUCCACUGAUACACACCAGGUUUCACUGGCGUACAGUAGCACAUAUUUCAGUUUGGGUGGUGUGGUGCCGAGUGCGGCCCUGCAUUAUCCAUUUCAUGUUAACACUAGAUACGGGCCUGGGAUAAGUGGGCAUUGCAUUGACAGCAGUGGAGCUGACGAGCGAUGUGGGAAAGGAGUACGCAAUAAAGUAUCUUUGUAAAUUGAUUUUAUUUGGUUGCUUCUAAUUGUGCACAGUAUUACAAACCCCCCCCUCGAUUAUCACAUUGGCGACGAGGUGUAACUGGACAGGUGACGUCGUCGGUUCACAUAGAAAAUCAUUGGCUGUCGGAGAGCAGCGGGGAAAAAACUCAUCGCUGGAAGCGAUAGGCUACAUAGUAGCGACUGCCUACUUAGCAGUGUUUCGAAUCUCGUCGCUGGAAGCGAUAGGCUACACCGUAGAGGCUGUGACAGCAGUUUUAUCGUCACCAGAGGUGAUAGGCUACCUUAAAGUAGCGGCUGUACAGCGGAAGCUAGCUACCACGAUAGCUAGGGAAAAUCUAUCUGGAAAAACGGAAACCAGUUGGAUCAAGCUGAUUCGAAAUGGAAAAAUGGGAGAUUCAGCCCUUCAAGUUCAAGACGUUCCCCCGCAACAUGAUUCGUAACGAAUGGGUUAAAUAUAAGCGCAACUUUGAUUACAUAGUUGCUGCUACGGGAGAGACGGACAAAACACGCAUCAAGAAUCUUUUUCUCGCCAGAGCUGGACCGGAUCUCCAGGAAGUGUUCACUUCCAUUCCCGGUGCGGAUGUGGCCGAGGAUAAGGAGAACGGUGUCGAUCCGUAUGCGGUCGCGAUACAGAAGCUUGACACUUACUUCUCGCCCAAGCAGCACGAAACGUUCGAGCGGAACGUUUUCUGGACGGUCAAGCCAAACCAAGGGGAAACAUUGGAGAAGUUUAUGCUGCGUUGCCAAGACCAGGCCAACAAGUGCAAUUUCGGAAGCACAUCCGAAGAGAGCAGGGCAAUAAGCGUGAUUGAUAAGGUCAUCUUAUUUGCCCCGAGUGACCUGAAAGAGCAGCUCUUACAAAAAGAUUCUCUCAACAUCGAUGAGGUUGCCAGGAUUGUUGCUUCAUAUGAGUCGGUAAAACACCAAGCACAAAUGAUGAGUCUUUCUGGGUCGUCUGGGUACGCAGAAUCUAUGGACAACGAAGUAGGUGAAAGAAGCAUCAACAAAAUACGGAACAUCCCGGUCAAAGAGUGUACAAGGUGUGGAAAACGAGAUCAUUUUUCGAACGAUUCAAAUUGUCCGGCACGCGGGAAGGAGUGCAUUAAGUGCAAAAGGAUCGGCCAUUUCGCUUCACGCUGUCGAACACCUGCAGCAAAACGGAAGUACGCCGAAGAACCGCGCCCUGGCCCGAGCAAGGGUUUCAAGCGGCACCGUAUAAAUGAGAUCGAAUCCGACGAGGAAAGAAAGGAUCGCAGCUUCAUAUUCAGCAUCAACGAUGGAGAAGAACUUCUAUGGCUUAAGCUAGGCGGGGUUACAUUGCAACUAUUAAUUGAUUCCGGGUGUAAGAAGAAUAUUAUCAACGAGAAAGCGUGGGAGUAUUUAAAGAAUAAUGGAGUCAAGGUACGGAAUCAAGAGAAGCAUUGCAGUGAAGUGUUUCUGCCAUAUGGAAAGGAUGCCAGUCCGCUGUCCGUCCUAGGAAAGUUCGAUGCAAGCAUCUCCGUGGAGGAUAAUGGGAAAAUCAUCGAACAGGAUGCAACGUUCUACGUCGUGGUCGGAGGUCAGCAAAGCUUGCUUGGUCGUACUACAGCCAUCAGUCUGGGUGUCCUUGUGCUUGGGUUGCCGAGUACACAUGGAGUCAAUGCGGUACAAUCCUUACCGAAGCGACCGUUCCCCAAGAUAAAAGGCGUCCAGGUGGAUAUCCCGAUUGAUAAAAGUGUUGUUCCGGUCUGCCAACACCCCCGCCGUCCGCCAAUCGCACUUUUGUCAAAAAUAGAGGAUAAAUUGACUUCCUUGCUUAACAGCGACAUUAUCGAACCGGUUGAAGGUGGAUGCCAGUGGGUUUCACCAUUAGUAACGGUAGUUAAAGAUAAUGGAGACCUUCGACUUUGCGUCGACAUGCGUCGGGCUAAUGCCGCAAUUUUGCGUGAGCGUCACAUUAUGCCCACCAUAGAAGACUUUUUGCCACGAUUCACGUCUGCAAAAUAUUUUAGCCGUUUGGAUAUCAAGGAGGCCUUCCACCAAGUGGAACUAAAAGAGGAAAGUCGUUACAUAACGACUUUCAUAACCCACAUGGGUCUCUUUCGGUAUAAGCGGCUAAUGUAUGGAAUCGUUAUCGCCCCAGAGCUAUUCCAACGUCUCAUGGAACAAAUUUUGAGCCGAUGCGAGAAUACCGUCAGUUUUAUUGACGACAUCCUUGUCUUCGGCAGCGACGAAGAAGAGCACGAUGCGGCUCUGAAAUCGGUGCUAUCUGUAAUGAACGAGCACGGAAUCCUUCUUAAUCAGGAGAAGUGUUUGUUCAAAGUGAGCAGCUUGGACUUCCUCGGACACACUAUUUCAUCAGACGGUAUCAAGCCUUCGGAUAGCAAAAUCAAAGCGCUUCAACAAUUCCGUCCACCAACAACUGCUGAAGAGGUCCGAAGUUUUCUAGGGUUGGUGACCUACGUCGGCCGAUUUCUCCCAAACCUUGCGACUAUUACGGCUCCACUUCGCGAAUUGACUCAUUCCGGUGUUAAGUUCUUCUGGGGCAAGGAACAAAAAGAAGCUUUCACGCAGCUAAAGGACAUGAUUGGUAAUGUUCAGCAGUUGUAUUUUUUCGACAACAAUCUCCGAACACGACUAGUUGCAGACGCAUCUCCAGUAGCCCUUGGGGCUGUGCUACUUCAAUUCGAGGGCCCAACCGAUGAACAGCCUCGUCCGAUCGCCUACGCCAGCAAAAGCUUAACAGCCACGGAGCGCAGGUAUUGCCAGACUGAAAAAGAGGCUUUGGCUUUGGUAUGGUCGGUCGAGCGAUUUGCAAUCUACUUGUACGGAAGGACUUUCGAGCUGGAAACGGACCAUAAACCUCUGGAGGCUAUUUUUCAACCAACUUCUCGUCCAUGUGCUAGGGUUGAACGAUGGGUGUUACGCCUUCAAUCAUUUUCUUUCGUGGUGAAAUAUCGUAAAGGAUCAACCAACAUUGCCGAUCCACUUUCCCGCCUGGUUGAAAAUCCGUCGUCUGAAACCUUCGAUGCUGAGAGCAGGUUUAUGGUUUUGGCAGUUAUGGAGUCGGCUGCCAUUGACAUAGAAGAGCUUGAGGAUGCAACUAACACAGAUGGAGUGUUGGAUACCGUUAAGAGAUGCCUUCGAUCUGGAUGCUGGGAUAAGGAAGAAAUCAAACCGUUUUUGCCAUUCAAAAAUGAACUGGGGUUCGUAGGCGAAUUACUCGUCCGCGGAAACAAACUCGUUGUACCGGAAGGAUUGAGAGACAGGAUGCUGGACAUUGCCCAUGAAGGACACCCGGGUGAGUCCUUAAUGAAACGGCGUCUGCGUGAUCGUGUAUGGUGGCCGGGCAUGGACAACGAUGCGGUGGUUCGCGUAAAAUCAUGUGAGGGCUGUCGUUUGGUCGGACUACCUAGCAGACCUGAGCCGAUGAGUCGCCGUCCCCUACCGAUCGGACCAUGGAUCGACACCGCAAUUGACUUUCUUGGUCCUUUGCCAUGUGGUUCGUAUCUAUUAGUGAUCAUCGACUACUAUAGUCGUUAUAAGGAGGUGGAAAUAAUGUCAAAAAUAACGGCCAAAGAUACAAUUAGCAGACUGGACAGGAUUUUCACUCGUUUGGGUUACCCUCGCACCAUAACAUUGGAUAACGCCAAACAAUUUGUUAGCACGGAAUUGGAGACAUACAGCAAACUACAUGGCAUUACUUUGAACCACUCGACGCCGUACUGGCCCCAAGAAAACGGCCUUGUCGAACGACAAAACAGGUCCCUCAUAAAACGUCUUCAGAUUAGCGCUGCCCUGGGUAGGGAUUGGAAGCAGGACCUGCAUGACUAUCUCGUCAUGUAUUAUACCACGCCUCACUCGACUACUGGCAAAACACCUUCCGAGCUUAUGUACGGGCACACGAUUCGGUCCAAAACGGCGAGGGACUAG